CAGGCCGGUCUCUCCCACGUGUAACAUGGCGGACGGAAUGUUGCAGGAUCACUGUAACUGCAAGGCAUUCCUUAGCUGUGGCGCUUGCUUGGCGGGAGCACGGUGGACUGUUAUUCCUGCAGCCAAGACUGGCAUCGGGCUGUGCCAGACUGAUCUGCCUGUCUUACCCCCCCGAAUGUUGUUGAGGGCGUUGUGUUUCACUUCCAUGGAUUCCGAUCAUCUGGCAUAGAAGUGGCACUCCUAAGUGGAUAUAUUUAUCCCGCCAAGGGAUCCCUUUGGUUCACCCCCAUCCCAUACAUGGCCAUGAUGCUUGAUUGUUCACCAAGUACCGCAUGCAUUGGCGGUCAUAUCAAACCAGGAAACUCCUCAGACCCUGAGACCGAUCCCAGCAAUCUCAACGAUAGAACAUCCUGGUGCGUGGGUGACGACCUAUACUUUUAUGGUGGCACCUUGAGCACCUUCGCUCAGCCCAUGAUCGUGCCGCCGACCGAGACGUGGAAGCACAAUAUUGGUAAUGACAACUGGACCAGGAAUGACUUCAACGGCGUGCCAAUUACCCGGUUGGCGGAUUGUCUGAUUGCCCAGUCCUUCGAAAAGAAGGCUUUGUACCUGGGUGGGAUUGUCUCACUUGGAGGUGAUCCCAACCUGUAA